AUGGAAGCCCAAUUGUUAAGACUGACUACUCCUUCCAUAACAACCCCGUUUACUACUAAAAAUUCAAGAACCACUUCUCUUUUACCCACUCAAAAUUGGCCCCCACAUUCUGUUAAGUUUCAAUUGUCAAAUUCAGGGAGUAUUAAGCAUCGCAUUCGACCCCUUCAAGCUUCUGCAACUUCCAUCGGGGAAAAAAAGAGAAUAGAUGAAACAGAAAGUUACACUCUCGAUGGUAUAAGGAACUCUUUAAUUCAGCAAGAAGAUAGCAUAAUAUUCAGCCUUGUGGAGAGAGCUCAGUACUGUUUCAAUGUGGCUACAUAUGAUCCUGACGUUUUUGUGAUGGAUGGGUUCCAUGGUUCUUUGGUUGAGUACAUUGUCACAGAAACUGAAAAGCUUCACGCAAAGGUUGGAAGAUACAUGAGCCCUGAUGAGCACCCGUUCUUCCCAAAAGAAUUACCUGAGCCAAUGUUGCCACCCAUGCAGUACCCAAAGGUUCUGCACCCAGUUGCUGAUUCAAUAAAUAUCAAUGUCACAAUAUGGGAAAUGUACUUCAAGAAACUUCUGCCAAGAUUAGUAAAGGAAGGCAAUGAUAAUAAUUAUGGAUCGACAGCAGUUUGUGAUACCCUUUGCUUGCAGGCCUUGUCAAAGAGAAUUCAUUACGGGAAGUUUGUUGCCGAAGCAAAAUUUCGAGCCUCACCAGAUGUCUAUGAGGCUGCUAUAAAAGCAAAGGACAGAAACGGACUGAUGGAUUUACUCACCUACCCUACCGUUGAAGAAGCCAUCAAAAGGAGAGUAGAAAUGAAAACAAGAACUUAUGGACAGGAACUGAACAGGAAUGGACCGGAAAAUGUAGGUGACCCGGUGUACAAAAUAAAACCGUCCCUAGUUGCUGAAUUGUAUGGGGACUGGAUCAUGCCAUUGACAAAGGAAGUUCAAGUUCAGUAUCUUCUGAAAAGACUGGAUUAG